AUGACCCUUGGCCAAUAUGCUCAGGCCUUUGGUGGUGCUCUUCAGCCUGGUGCCUGGAGGCCAUAUGAGCACCGAAAGCUUGCCAACCCUGCUCCUCUGGGUCUUUCCGCUUUCGCCCUGACCACGUUUGUCCUGUCGGCCAUUAACAUGCACGCUCGAGGCGUCUCCGAGCCCAAUGUCGUUGUGUCCCUCGCCUUCGGCUAUGGCGGUCUUGUCCAAUUGCUCGCUGGCAUGUGGGAGAUUGCUGCUGGUAACACCUUUGGUGCCACCGCCCUGAGCUCUUACGGCGGCUUCUGGAUCUCGUACGGUAUCCUCUUGACUCCCGAAUGGGGCAUCACGGCGCCCGAUGGCCCCUACAAGGGCGAUGUUGCCAGCGUUCUGGGCUUCUUCCUGACUGGCUGGUUCAUCUUCACCACCGUCCUUCUUAUGUGCACUCUGCGAUCCACCCUUGCCUUCUUCCUCCUCUUCUUCACUCUCGACCUGGCCUUCCUCUUCCUGGCCUGCGAGCAGUACGCCUCCGACCUGGGCAACGCCUCCGCUGCCCUCGCCCUGCAGAAGACUGGUGGUCUGUUCGGCUUCUUGGCCGCCUUCUUGGCCUGGUACAACGCCCUGGCCGGUAUUCAGGACAGCAGCAACUCCUUCUUCCAGGUCCCGGUCAUCCACUUCCCCUGGUCUGAGCAGGCUCGUCAGCGCCGUGCCAGCAAGUCUGAGCGCGCUCAGGCCUAA